GCUAAAGUGUGAUUUCUGUCAGAAUGAUGGUCAUAGUGAAAAUAAAUGCUGGAGAAAAAAACGAAUCACUAACUCAUUAAAAAAAUAUCAUCCCAUUAUUUGAUAAUCCACCGUUUACGAUGUUUUCAAGACGAACUUUAAAACUAUCUCGUGGAUCUGAAGCCUAUUUUAUCGACACGCUUAGUUCGUAUUUCAAUUUUUCCAUUCGUUUGGUAGAUUGUAAACUGUCAUGGGGUAAGAAAUAUUCAAAUGGUUCUUGGGAUGGAUUGAUUGGUCUAUUGAUUGAUAAAAAAGUGGACAUCGGAAUUGGUGGUACGUUUGUUGAUUAUGAUAGAUCCAAAGCCGUUUCGUUUCUGUAUCCACAAACAACAACUUCCAUUACAUUUGUGACUGCAGCUCCUUAUCGAAUAUUAUCGAGCCAGCAUUUGAUAUUUCAACCAUUUCCUACAUUUGUUUGGCUAUCAUUUCUAACUACAUUGUUCAUCUGUUUUGUAUUUGAUCACAUACAACGAAAAUUCAAUUCAAAUAAGCAAAAUCUUUUCUGGAUAAGUUUUGUGCAAUUAUUUCAUCAAGAUUCAUUUAGAAAAUUAACAGUUCCACUUAAUUUAUCAUGUUAUCUAAUUUUCUGGAAUUUCGGAUCAUUUAUUCUUACUCUGGUUUAUGCUGGUUGUUUAUAUUCAUUGAUUGCAGCACCAUCAUAUUCCAAAACUAUUGAUACUAUCUUUCAACUGUUUGUUGAACUUAAAUCUGGUGACAUUAUUUUAACAAGCUUUAAUAAUUCCAAAUAUUUGGAUUAUUUCAGGGAUUUGUUCGGUAAUGUUACUAUGGACAUUGAUCGUUAUUGGAAGCCCGUACAAUAUACAUUUGAUGGUUUUAACCUGGUCAAUGAUUCAUCCAAUACAGGAUCUUCGUAUGUCUACCUCGGACAGCGAGAAACUCUUCGAUAUGGUCUAUCAGAUUUCGGUGAAAAAUAUUUAUAUUUACCCGAAGAGACUGAUUCUUCUCUUUUUAUGGAAAUCGUUGGCAUUCCUGUACGUCCCGGUUUUCCAUAUUACGACGUGUUUAAUCGAGCACAACGAAGUCUAUUUUUCAAUGGAUUAAUGCAUCAUUGGACAGAAAAAUGCUAUGAUAAAUUCGAUUAUAAAAAAAUCGAAAAUGAAAUUGCAUCCACAUACGAACCGAAAGCUUUUACACUUGAUCAAUUGAAUAUAUUUUUCAUGGUUUAUAAUCAAUGCAUAAUAAUUUCGACUAUUGUUUUCAUUAUGGAAAUCAUCAUACGAUUAACCUUUGGUCUUCACAGAAUUCAAUAA